AUGACCGAAAAUCCCUUUCGAAUUAUUGAAUUAGAUGAACAAAAUUUUCUUCACGAUUGUUUAGCACUGAAAACUUUAUGUGCUAUACCGAAUCGAGAUUCCGAACAUGAUGAAUUUAUUCAAUUUUGUCAAGAAAAUGAUUUCUUACAAUACAUAUCUGAAUUUGAAUUUCCACAUCGUCCAGAUGUGGCCAUCCAAUUGUAUACUCGAUCAUCUGGUUUUUCAUCAAAAAUUAUAAAUAGUACCUGUCGAACACAAGAUCUUUUAUUAAUAUCGAAAAUUCGAUAUUAUCUUAAACAUCUUCAUGAAGAAUUAACACGACUUUAUAUAGACAGUCUGUUUUGGAUACCAAAAUUUAUUACUGUCUAUCGUGGUCAAAGAUUUUCAAUGGAAGAAUUUCAAAAAUUAGUUCAGUGUCAUGAAAAAACUAUUUUAACAACGCAAUAUCUUUCAACAACGAGCGUUUAUGAAAUAGCUGUUGCAUUUGCCGGUUAUGAUAUUCAUUCGAAUGAAUCAUUAAAGGAUGAAGUAGCAGUUAUUUUUAAAAUUUCAAUACGAACCAAAAAUAGUCAUUUAAAACCAUUUGCAUAUAUUCAAGAAUAUAGUCAUAUUAUAGAUGAAAAGGAAAUGUUAAUAUCAAUGGGAACAGUAUUUUCGAUUGUCGAUAUAUGCCAACGAGGAGAAAACUUCUACGAAAUAUUAUUGAGACAUGAUCAAGCUGAAAAAGAAAUUGAACAGAAAAUAUUAAAUAAAGCAAUCGAAACAUUCAGUAAUGGAACAACAAUUACCAUAGGUGAUUUUUUAAUUUCGGCAAAUAUUCAUAGUCCAUUAGAUGAUGAUUUUUAUCGUCAGCCAUUGACAUCAUUAUUAGAAGAAUAUUCACAAUGCCAAUCAGGAAACAUUAUCAAUUCAGUUUCUGAUCAAAUUUUAUUAUUAUUUACUACAGAAAAGGUACAAGAAUAUCAAAAUACUAUUAAAAUUAAACAGUUAUCAACAGAAAGUUUUAAACAUUCUUCAACAGAAUCUUCAAUAAUGUCUAUACCAAUUUGUUCUUUGGGUGUAACUCAUGAUCAUUUAAUUAUAUGGCUCGAUCAAUUUAUUGGUGAAAAUAAUGUCUAUGUUGAUCUGAAAGAGACAUUAGCCGAUGCAGUAGACCUCAACAUUGAUGCACCUUUUAUGGGAGAUGAAAUUGAUACAUUAAUUUUUAAUGAUAAAAUUUAUCAUCCGAAAAAAGUAUUGAUUGCCGUUAAAACUAUUGAAGAAUGUUUAGACUUAAUUCACACAAAUCAGAAUAAACGAAUAUUUCUAAUUACUUCCGGUUCAUUAGGUCAACAAGUUGUACCUGGUCUAUUAAAUCCUUAUCCAUGUUUGGAAAAAAUUUUUAUUUUUUGUGGUUCCAUUCGUCAACAUAUGAAUUGGGCACUUGAUUUUGAAGAUAAUUUGCUUAUGUUCGAUUUUCCCAAUGAUGUAUUGGGACGUGUAGUAUAUGAUAUUGUAUCAUCUCCACUUUCUUUACCUAUUCAAACAAAACUAUCAGAUUCAAUUAUUCGAAAACAAUAUUUUGCUAAAUUAUGUCAUCAUUAUCGAUUACUACUUGUUCUUAACAAUUAUGAAUGUAAAUGUGGUUGCCAUUUUUCAAUGCAACAAGGUAGUUUUGUUAUCUUAUAUGGAACAAGAAAUGAAUUAUCAAUGUGGAAUAAAAAUAAACUUGUAACAGUUAUAUCAAAUGACUUAGUAUGUUCAAAAGUUCCAUCUGAAUAUGUUUGUGAUGUAGAAUUGUUACGUGAACGUGUUCGUUCGAGACAUUUUGAUAAUGAUGAUGAUGAUGAACAAAGUUUUGAUUUGUAA